AUGCUCAAGGUCAGCUCGAAAGAGCACUACGGCGAGAUCAAGAAGAAGGCCGAAGGCUCGCUGGGGCUUGUCGUACACUUUAGUGCCACCUGGUGUGAGCCCUGCACUGCCGUCAAUGAACACCUUACCAAGCAAGCUGCCGAGUACGGCGACAAUGUUGUCUUUGCUGAGGUAGAUUGCGGCGAAUUGGGCGACGUGUGCGAGGCGGAGGGGGUGGAGUCGGUUCCAUUCGUCGCGUACUUCCGCACCCCGCUUGUCGGGGAUGACCGUCGCGUCGAGCGAGUGGCGGAUGUAGCUGGCGCAAAGUUUGACCUGAUCGACAUGAAUACUCACUCCCUGUUUGGCGAGAAGGGUGGCAACGGGGUUCAGCAGAGGGACUUUGCCACAGUGGACGAUUACCUGCACUACCUCACGAAGCGGCCUGGGGUCGUUAUGUUUAUCACCGGCACCCCAUCCCGUCCGCGCUGCGGCUUUACUGGUCGGCUAUGUGAACUGGUGCAUCAGCUUGGCGUUCCCUUCAUCUACUACGACGUCAUGACAAGCGACGCGGUGUGCGAGCGUCUCAAGAUAUACGCCAACUGGCCGACGUAUCCGCAGGUAUACGUGGACGGUGAGCUGAUCGGUGGAUGGGACAUCUGCCGUGAGCUGAACGAGGAGGGCGAACUGAAGUCAACUUUGAAGCACUGA